UCGUUCCGGACGUUUUUCCGAUCGCUGCCGAGGCGGUGAGGGGGGCCGCCAUGGACGGGGGAGGGGGAUCCGGCGCCGGAGGGUCUUGCUACUACGCCGUCCUCGGGAUUCGCAGGGACGCCUCCUUCUCCGACAUCCGAUCGGCUUACCGCAAGCUCGCCAUGAAAUGGCACCCGGACAAAUGGGCGCGGAACCCGCAGGUGGCCGGAGAGGCAAAACGGCGGUUCCAGCAGAUUCAGGAGGCUUAUUCUGUACUGUCGGACCAGAGCAAGAGGUCAAUGUACGAUGCUGGGCUCUACGAUCCGCUUGAAGAAGAGGACGAGGAUUUCUGCGACUUUAUGCAAGAGAUGAUCUCGAUGAUGAACAACAUCAAGGACGAGGGAGAUAGCUUGGAGGACCUCCAGAGGAUGUUCCAGGAGAUGGUGGGCAGCGGUGGGGACGGCACCGGGUUCGACUUCCCGCCCAAUCCGACAUUCGACUUCGCGCCCAAUCCGACGGCCUCCAAGAAGCCACGCGUGAAUGCAUCCAAGGCAAGCUCGGCGAGGCGGGGUUCCUCUCGCUGUUAGGUUAGCCCCACCCGCCCCCAGGGCACACGCCGCACCACUCAUCAUAGCUUUUAACCCCCCGCCAACACCCACCUCUAACUGUUAGCAGCAUUAAGCAUUGAUUAACGCCUUAAUCCCUGAUUAAAGAUCUGAUUUUUGGUGUUGGUGGUGGGGAGAUAUUCAAGUGUUUCCAAUUCGGGGUGGGGCUUUUGUGCGGCCGAUUGUUGAAGAAAUUAGUAAUAAAUUUUAUGGGUUUUGUGUA